CUGAUUUGCGUAUGUGUAGCGUAAAUUCAUGCGUUUAAGAUGUUUCAAAAGUUUAUCGAUAUUAGAAAGGGAUAUGAAUAUUGGAUAUGUCAGUGAUUCGAUUAUAAAUCGAGAGAUCGAAACCGCAUUGGAAACGUUUAUACGAUAUAUGUACAAUAAUACAUAAAGAUCGCAUUACACGUAAAAUAAAAAUUGCGUAUCUUAUAUUUCUUAAAACAAAAGACAGUAUUAUAUUUAUAUUUGUUCAAAAAUGUCGAAAAUAUUUACGCCAACAAAUCAAAUAAGAUUAACUAACGUUGCCGUGGUUCGUAUGAAAAAAGCAGGAAAGCGAUUUGAAAUUGCUUGUUAUAGGAACAAGGUUAUCUCAUGGAGAAAUAAACUAGAAAAAGACAUCGAUGAAGUUUUACAAACACAUACAGUAUUUAUAAACGUUUCAAAAGGUCAAGUAGCAAAGAAGGAAGAUCUUGUAAAAGCUUUUGGUACGGAUGAUCAGACAGAAAUUUGUAAAGAGAUUCUCACAAAAGGAGAACUUCAGGUUUCUGACAAAGAACGGCAUUUGGCUUUAGAUUCUAUGUUUAAAGACAUUGCUACGACUGUCGCUAACAAAUGUAUAAAUCCAGAAACUAAACGUCCAUAUACAGUAACUAUGAUAGAAAAAGCCAUGAAGGAUACACAUUUUUCAGUAAAGCCAAACCGAAAUGCGAAACAGCAAGCUUUGGAUGUAAUUCCUCAAUUACAGACUAUAAUGCCAUUAGAACGAGCUCAAAUGAGACUCAGAGUUUUAGCCUCAGGUAAGGAGGCUAAAAAGAUAAGAGAUAAAAUAGUGAAGUCAAUAACAAAAUUAGAGACAGAAGAAUGGGAUAACGGAACGUUAAAUUUGAUUUGUUUAAUUGAUCCUGGACAUUAUAGAGAGAUAAAUGAAUUAGUAACAUCUGAAACUAAAGGUUCUGGAUUAUUGGAAUUACUUAAUUUAAAAGAAAUUGUUGAGGGGGAUGAAGUUUUGGAAUAAAUAAUUAAUUUUAUCGAA